GGAAGUGCUCCGCUGACCCGGGAGGGCGGUCUCUAGUUCAUACUGGCUGUUGUCAUCGGCCUCUGAGGUUUCAGGCUCUUGGCGGUGAAGGUCAGAGUGCAGACCUGAGACCACUGCUCACCGACUUCAGACUCCAGUUUAUCUGUGCCCCGGCUUCCUCACUUAGUCUCAGAAGACUUAGGCCGAGGCCUCAGAAGGAGAUCUCCAUCCUUUGUCCAGAGCAGAACAGGAUGUCCAUGUCCCAGGAAUCAUUGACCUUCAAGGACGUGUUUGUGGACUUCACCCUGGAGGAGUGGCAGCAACUGGACUCUGCCCAGAAGAACCUCUACAGGGAUGUCAUGCUUGAGAACUACAGCCACCUGGUGUCCGUGGGGUAUCUAGUUGCGAAGCCAGAUGUGAUCUUCAGGUUGGGACCAGGAGAAGAGUCCUGGAUGGCAGAUGGAGGGACCCGGGUACGGACAUGUGCAGGUGAGGACAGGCCAGAAGUCUGGCAAGUUGAUGAGCAGAUAGAUCACUACAAGGAAAGCCAAGACAAACUUCUGUGGCAAGCUGCAUUCAUAGGCAAGGAAACACUGAAGGAUAAAAGCGGUCAAGAAUCCAGAACAUGUAGAAAAAGCAUUUAUCUGAGCACAGAAUUUGAUUCUGUAAGACAAAGACUCCCUAAAUAUUAUUCAUGGGAAAGGCAUUCAAAACAUAAUUUAAACUUUCUUAGUCAAAAUAGAAGCUAUGUAAGAAAGAAAGAUGAUAUGGGAUGUAAGGCAUAUUGGAAAGUAUGCCUCCAUUAUAAUCUUCAUAAAGCUCAACCUGCAGAGAGAUUUUUUGGCCCUAAUCAACGAGGGAAAGCCUUCCAUCAAAAGCAAGCCUUUAGAAAAAGUCAGAGAAGUCAAACUGGGGAGAAACUCUACAAAUGUACUGAAUGUGGAAAAGUGUUUAUCCAGAAAGCAAACUUAGUUGUACAUCAAAGAACUCACACCGGAGAGAAACCUUAUGAAUGCUGUGAAUGUGCAAAAGCCUUCAGCCAGAAGUCAACCCUCAUAGCACACCAGAGAACUCACACAGGGGAGAAGCCCUAUGAAUGCAGUGAAUGUGAAGAAACCUUUAUCCAGAAGGCACCACUUAUUAAACAUCAGAAAACUCACACAGGGGAGAGGCCCUUUGAAUGUAAUGAAUGUGGGAAAUCUUUUGGCAGGAAGUCACAACUCAUCCUACAUACAAGAACACACACUGGAGAGAGACCCUAUGAAUGUACUGAAUGUGGGAAAACCUUUUCUGAGAAGGCAACCCUCAUGAUUCAUCAGAGAACUCACACAGGGGAGAAACCCUAUGAAUGUAGUGAAUGUGGGAAAACAUUUCGUGUAAAGAUAUCCCUUACCCAACACCACAGAACUCACACAGGGGAGAAACCUUAUGAAUGUGGGGAGUGUGGGAAAAACUUCCGUGCAAAGAAAUCCCUAAAUCAGCAUCAAAGAAUUCACACAGGUGAGAAACCCUAUGAGUGUGGUGAAUGUGGGAAAUUCUUCCGAAUGAAGAUGACUCUCAAUAAUCAUCAGAGAACUCACACAGGUGAAAAGCCCUAUCAGUGUAAUGAAUGUGGGAAAUCUUUCAGGGUGCACUCAUCUCUUGGGAUCCAUCAGAGAAUUCACACAGGAGAGAAACCUUACGAAUGUAAUGAGUGUGGUAAUGCUUUCUAUGUGAAAGCACGCCUAAUUGAACAUCAGAGGAUGCAUUCAGGAGAGAAACCCUAUGAAUGUAGUGAAUGUGGGAAAAUCUUCAGUAUGAAGAAAUCCCUCUGUCAACACCGGAGAACUCACACAGGAGACAAACCUUAUGAAUGUAGUGAAUGUGGAAAUGCCUUCUAUGUGAAAGUACGCCUCAUUGAACAUCAGCGAAUUCACACAGGAGAGAGACCCUUUGAGUGUCAAGAAUGUGGGAAAGCUUUCUGCCGGAAAGCACACCUCACAGAACAUCAGAGAACUCACAUAGGCUGGUCCUGGCAUUGUACAAUGAAGAAAGCCUCUCCCUGAAGACUUCCCUCACCAUUGGAUCAAGCUCCUUGGGGCAUAUGAUCACCAGGGCACACAGUGUGCCCAUGAAAAUUUGGCACCUACAUUUGUAUCAAAAUAUGACCUGAUCCCCUUAGGGGAUAGCUCAUUGUUUUUAUUCGGAUUUCCCUAAUUAGUGGUGUGUGAACAUCUUAUCUGUUGAUUGGCUAUUUGGGUUUUUUCUUCUGUGCAUUGACUGUUCAUGUCCUCUGCUCAUUGUUUUCAAAUGGGCUGUUCAUCUCUUGCUUUUUGGUUUAAAUGUUGUUUUUUAACAUAUGAGAAUAUAAAAAUCCUUUUUUUUCAGUCAUAUGUGUUGCAAAUAUCUUCUCCCAGACUGUCGUUGGUUUUUAAAAUUUUGUCAUCUGUUUUCUUCUGCUGAAGUUUUAUAUUUUAUUUAUUUAUUUAUUUUUUAUUUUUUUGAGAUGGAGUCUCACUCUGUGGCCCGGGCUGGAGUGCAAUGGCAUGACCUCAGCUCAUUUCAACCUUCGCCUCCCAGGUUCAAGCGAUUCUCCUGUCUCAGUCUCCCGAGUAGCUGGGAUUACAGGUGUGCACCACCAUGCCUGGCUAAUUUUUGUAUUUUUAGUAAAGACGGGGUUUCACCAUGUUGGCCAGGCUGGUCUCUAACUCCUGACCUCAGGUGAUCCACCCGCCUCAGCCUCUAAAAGUGUUGGGAUUACAGGUGUGAGCCACCGUGCCUGGCUAAAGUUUUAUAUUUUAAUAUUAUCAGUUUCAAGGUGAUAAUAUUCUCCUAUACUUUCCUCUAAAGGUUUUCCUUUCAACAUUUAGAAUUUCAAUCUCCUGUGAGAAUUUUUUGGUAUAGCAUGAAGUGUGCAAUACAUACUACUAUAUUGUCUUUAUAUAAUUUUAUAUAAAUGGGCUCACACUGUAUUUAAAGUUCCGCAGCUUGCUUUUUUCAUGUAAUGUUACCUUUCCAAGAUCUGUCCUUGUUGAUAAGUAUAGGUCUGGCUAGUCAUUUAUCUCUCCAUUCCCCUAGUAAAAGACAUUUGUAUCUUUUUCGAGUUUAGUGUCUAAAUCUAGAAGUGGAACUGUUGGGUCAUAGGAUUUAGGCAAUGUGCUGGUUAUUAAGCUAUUGUGUCCCAGCUCCAAACCCACCCUUCUUGACUGUGCUUUGUGACUCUACAAACCACAUUUUGGCCUUGUCAACUGCUCCCUGUUGGGCCUUGCCAAUAAGAGAUACUAGAUAUAAACUUUGGGGCUGGAGAGGGAAGAAGGGACUUGCUCCUUUUUAAUAUUCCUAUUAGCUUCCCGGUCAUUGGAGUGUCCACUCAGCAUUGCUUCUUCACUCAGACACCAGCAGUUCCUUGUCAUAGCAGCGGUUUAAUCUAGUUUGCAGCUUUCCAGCACUCACAGAUGGUAGCCCAUCCCCUCUGAGACACAAGCAUCAGCUGGCUGGUGUCACCUCCUUAGAGAUGUGAAUUCUAGUCACAUGGGACCCCUCCUCCAUCCUUCUAAGUUUUAGUAAUUUCAAUUUAUGGUUGGGUGCAGUGGAUCAUGCCUGUAAUCCCAGCACUUUGGGAGGCCAAGGUGGGUGGAUUGCUUGAGCCCAGGAGUCAAGACCAGCCUGGGAAAUAUGGUGAAACCCUAUGUCUACAAAAAAAAUUCAAAAAUCAGCUAGGCAUGGGACCCCACCUGUGGUCCCAGGUACUUGGGAGUCUGAGACUGGAGGUUGAAGCUGCAGUAAGCCAUGAUUGCACCACUGCGCUCCAGCUUGGGCAACAGAGCAAGACCCUGUCUCCAAAAAAAUUGUCAACUUCUUCUCUUUGUUAUGCCAGCCCAGCUGUUUUCUGCAGUUGCUACCUCCCUGAUAACUUGAAUGUUCUCUUUUUGUCUCUUCAGUUAUUUGGUUUACAACCUCAUAACUAGUUAAAAUUAUUUAUAAGUUCUCUGUGUUAAAAUAACUAGUGUGGUUUUUGUCUCCUAGUUGGGCUCUGAUUGAUACAGAAGGUUUUUUAACUUUAUUAAGUAUUGACAUUUCCCUUCCAAAUUGUAUUAAUUUAUACUCCCACGAGCAGUUUGAGAAAGUUUUCAUUUUGCCAUUCAGCAGCACUUAUUAUCAGUCCUUUAAAUUAUUGCCAAUCUGUAAGGUAUGAAAUGGCUUUGAGCCUUGGCUUCCAUGAAUGUGGUUUGUCUUUCUUUCUUUUGUUCUUUUCUUUUCUUUUCUUUUCUUUUCUUUUCUUUUCUUCUUUUCUUUUCUUUUCUUUCUCUCUUUUUCUUUCUCUCUCUCUCUUUUCUUUUCUUUUUUAUUUUUAUUUUUUGAGAUGGAGUUUCACUCGUUGCCCAGGCUGGAGUGCAAUGGCGUGAUCUCAGCUCACUGCAACCUCUGCCUCCCAGGAUGGAGCAAUUCUCAUGCCUCAGCCUCCCGAGUAGCUGGGAUUACAGGCACGCAUGACCACACCCAGCUAAUUUUUGUACUUUUAGUAGAGACAGGGUUUCACCAUGUUGGCCAGGCUGGUCUCAAACUCCUGACCUCAGGUGAUCUGCCCACCUCAGCCUCCCAAAGUGCUGGGAUUACAGGCGUGAGCUACUGUGCCUGGCCUAUUUAUUUAUUUGAGACAGAGUCUCGCUCCAUCACCCAUGCUGGAGUGCGGUUGUGCAAUCUUGGCUCACUGCAACCUCUGCCUCCUGGUUCAAGUGAUUCUCGUAUCUCAGCCUUCCGAGUAGCUGGGACUGUAGGUGGACACAACCACGCCCACCUAAGUUUUGUAUUUUUAAUAGAGAUAGGGUUUUUCUAUGUUGGCCAGGCUGGUCUCGAACUCCUGACCUCAAGUGAUCUGCCUGCCUUGGCUUCCCAAAGUGUUGGGAUUGCAGGAGUGAGCCACUGCACCUGGCCUGUCUUUAUUUUUUUAACUCAUCUUUCCUAUCCUUCAAUAGUAUUUUAUGGUUUUCUCCAAGAAAUUGUCUAUGAAAGUUAAUUUUUUAAUAGCAGUUUUGCGUUUAUACAUGUAUACACAUAUAUAUUUCAAAAUAUAAUGAUGUGGGGUUUAUAUAUAUACUUACAUAUAAUAUUUGUGUCUCUCACACACACACAUCUCCCCACACAACAUUUUUGUUUGAUGUGGGCAGUUUUCAUUUCAUUUUACCCAAAUAUUUACCACCUUGGUUGCACUUCAUUACUUUCUGCAUUUCAUCCAGGAUCAUUUUCUUCUUUGCCUGAAAAAUACUCUAUAGAGUAUCCUUUAGUAAGAGUCUGUUAGUGGUGAGCCUCUCAGUUUUGUCUAAAAAUGUUCUUCAUUGUGCCUUUUGUCACUGGCUGGGGCCGGCAUCGUGGUUGGUAAAAGAAUUUACCAAGGCAGUCAUGAAUUAAAGAAACCAAGUCUAUUAGAGGGAAAGUAGGUUGCAAGGAGGCAAUGGGCAGCACAGCAGAGAAAGGGGCUGUCUGCAAAGAGGCAAGAGCUAGAGGGAAGUUGUAUAGGGUUGUGCUGGAGGGACUAUGUGAGCAAUGAGUUUGUGCUGCUGGGGCUUUGCACAGAACAAGGUAUUUGGGAACAGGUUGUUGUGCCAGCAGGUUGUUUGUGAUUAGUCGUCUCUCAGAACAAUGGUUCUUCCCUACCUUCUUGCUUAUUUAUCUUAUCGGGACUCCACACCUUUUUUUAUAAGUAAAAGUGAAUCCUUUACCUUAAAUAUUUGGUAGCACUAUGUCACAGAAAAUGGAUAAAAAAUUAAGUACUUGACUGGGCACAGUGGCUCACACCUGUAAUCCCAGCACUUUGGGAGGCCAAGGUGGGUGGAUCACUUGAGGUCAGGUGUUUGAGACCAGCCUGGCCACCAUGGUAAAACCCUGUCUCUAGUAAAAAUUAGCUGGGUUUGGUGGUGCAUGCCUGUAAUCCCAGCUACUCGGGAGGCUGAGGCAGGAGAAUCACUUGAACCCGGGAGGUGGAGGUUGCAGUGAGCUGGGAUGGUGCCACUGCACUCCAACCUGGGUGACACAGCAAGACUCCAUCUCAAGAAAAAAAUUAAAAAGUUAAGUAAUUUUUUACUUUUUUCCUGAGUGUCCUUUAAUGAUUAUCGUGAUCCAAGGUAUUUGAAUUACUCAUCAGCUACCCCACAAUACAGCAUAUAUUUGAAUAUAUAUAAAAUACACUUUUUGUGUUUUCUGUACAGUAUGCCCUCACUCUAUUAAGUAUUAAUUAAGUAUAUCAAGAUGCCAUUUCAUCAAUACUUCCGAUCUUUAGCUCACCACCCCCCUUUUUUUUUUCUUUUUAGAUGGAGUUUUGCUCUUGUUGCCCUGGUUGGAGUGCAAUGGCAUGAUCUCUGCUCACUGCAACCUCUGCCUCUCAGGUUCAGGUGAUUCUCCUGUUUCAGCCUCCUGAGUAGCUGGGAUUACAGGCGUGUGUCGCCACACCCAUCUAAUGUUUUCUCUUUUAAGUAGAGACAGAGUUUCACCAUGUUGGUCAGGCUGGUCUCGAACUCCUGACCUCAGAUGAUCUGCCCGCGUCGGCCUCCCAAAGUGCUGGGAUCACAGGCGUGAGCCACCGCACCCGGCUGUUUUUAAAUUUUUAUUAUGGAAUAUGCCAAACAUAAAUAAGAUAAUUUAUAGUGACACAAGACAGAACAGUUGUUGCCUCUGGGGUGAAAAUUGACUUGUAAGGGGUAGGAGGGAACUUACUGGGGCGAUGGAAAUACUCCAUAUCUUCACUGGAGUGUGAAUACAAUAGUCAUCAAGUGGGUAAACUUAAGGUUUAUUUGUUUUAUUGUAUAUAAAUUAUAUCUCAAUUGAAAUGUGAAAACAAAGCAAUAAAACAUCCCCUGUUCCCAUUUCAGGAGUCAUGUCUGGGCUGCCUGGGAGGUAAACAGGAAUACUGAUUGCUAGGAGCAAAUAAAAGACUCCUGGCAGUGGGCAACUUGGUCCUCCUAAGGCUUUAGAAAUUGUCUUGCCCCAUGAAAAUGACAUGUUCUGAGGCCCCAGUCUGGGGUAUACUGACUUUCAUUAGCUACCAUCACCAUCCGUGGUGCUCCCUCACUUGCCAACACUGCACUGUAGAUUUGACUCCCAAGAGCCUAAGGAUAGUCUCUGCCAAUCCUCCAGUAGCCACCAUCAUAGUAGUUUUUACCCCCAUGAGUCAGCAGUCCAGUGUCUACUAACCUCUCCAUUAAUUCGCAGCAGUUCUUACCACCCCUUUAAGCCAGAGCACGAUGUGUGAUCACCCAUUAGCUCACAUCAUGUCUUAUCACCCACCUUCAACCCCAGCUUAGUGUCUGAUGAUCUUCCAUUAAGUCAGUAUCAUGUCUUACUUCCCUCCUUUAGACUUGGCAUGGUGACAGCUGACUCCCAUUAGCUCACAGCCCUGUGUUUUGUCUUCCUGUUGACCUAAUGUAGUGUCUGUUGAUUCCAUGUUAGCUUCACCAUUUUGUUUGCUAAUUCCCCAUUGGCUACAGCCUCCCAAGUAGCUGGGACUACAGGCAUGCACCACCAUGCCUGGCUAAUUUUUAAAUUUCUUUGAAGAGACAGAAUCUUGCUAUGUUGCCCAGGCUGGUCUCAAACUCCUGGACUCGAGAUCCUCCUGCCUCAGCCACCCAAAGUGUUGGGAUUACAAGUGUGAACCACCAUGCUGGGCCUGUCUGCUGAUUUUUUAUUAGCUGUGGGUACAGUGUCUUUGCCACAUGAGCCCACAGCACAGUGGGCUCAGCACAGCACAAUGGUACCCAAUGGCUGUUCCCCAAUUAGCUACCAAUAUGAUGACUUUGGUCCUCUUGGGCCUCAGCACAAUGUCUCCAGAACUCGCAUGACCAUGUCACUGUCUUUUGAUCCCCCCUUACCAGGUUGCAAGAUUUUUAAGCUUGAGGACCCAGUGGUGUCUGCUUCCCCUAGAAUAGCCCCUAAAGGUGUGUCAACUGCCCAUGUAUUACAGCCCAUGAGUAUAUCUGCUGACCAUACAUGAAUGUCUUCUGAUUUACUUGCCACCCGCACAGAUGCCCUGCUUUUGGGCCCAUCACCAUAUUUUUGUCCUUACCAUAGUUCAAUCAUUGUGUCUGCUGAAUCCCCCCAUUAGCCACUAGUAUUGUGCCAUUGGCACAUUGAGGCCUCAGUGGAGUCUGCUGACCCCAGAUUAGCCCUUAUCACUGUUUGUUGCUCCUCCAUUAGCCAACAGUACAGUUUCCUCAGUACCCAUGAGGCCCCAGCAAUGUCUUUGCUUACCCAACUUUAGCAACUAUCACUCUGCUGAUCCCCACUUAGUCACAAGAACAGAGACUUUAACCUCCAUGAACUCCCAGUACAGUAUCUGCCAAUUCCACAUUAGCUUUGGCUUUCUGGUCACCCAUUGGCCAUGAAUACAGUGGUUUUGGCUCUCGUAAGACCCAAUCACAGUGUUUGCUGACCCUGUAUUGACUGCCAUCACUGCCUGGUGAUCCUCCAUCAACCAUGCAUAGAAUGUCUUUGAAUGCAAUGAUGCCCCAUCACAGCACACGCUGCCCUGCAUUGGAGCCCAUCACUGUGUCUGCUGAUCUGAUUAUAUGAGCCUCAACACUGUGUCUGCCGACUACUAGACACCACUAUGGAGUCUGCCUCAUGUUUCUCAAUCACAGUAUCUGCCAACCCUAUAUUAGUGUCACCACUGUGUCUGCUAAUCUUUUUUUUUUUUUUUUAGGUGGAAUUUCGCUCUUGUUGCCCAGGCUAGAGUGCAAUGGUGCAAUCUUGGCUCACUCCAACCUCCACCUCCCGGAUUCAAGCAGUUUUCCUGCUUCAGCCUCCCCAGUAGCUGGGAUUACAGGCACCCGCCAUCAUGCCCAGCUAUGUGUCUGCUAAUCUUGGUCACAAGUACAGUGUCUUCAGUCUUCAUAAAAAAUCAGCCUGUCUGCUCUCCCCACAUCAGCCCUUAGUCACUCUUUGCUGAUUAGCCACCACAAAGUGUUUUUGUCUCCACCACAGUAUCAGCCCCAUCCCUGCCACACUGAUGUGUCAUUGUCCCUUAGUACAGUGUGCUGACCUCAUGAGCCUGGCAUAAUGCCUGGGGUUCAUUAGAGCCUACCCUUCAUGAAAGUACAUCAUGGUUUCAGAUGAUCCUGUAUUAGCUACCGGUACGGUGUCUUUAACCUUCAUGAGUUCCCACAGCCAUGUUUGCUGAUGCUGUGGUAGCUCCCAACACUGUGUCUGUUGAAUCCUCAUUGGUCAUCAAUAUAGUGGCUUUGAUCUCUGUGAUGACACGGUGCAGUUUCUGAUGACCCUCUAUGAGGUGCAGUUAUUGUUCCCUCAUCUCUGUACACUGGUUUGUUGACUGUUCUUUCAAUCUCAGCAAUGUUUCCUUCAACUCUGGCAGUUUCCCAGGCCUUCAGGCUGUUUUCUUAUUUUUCUGACUGUUUAUUGACCGUCAGGGAUUGUCCCUUGGUCUUUUUGGCUAUGGAGUCUUAUCCCGUUUUCCUCUGUCUUCCAAAUGCAAGGACUGUUUGUGGUCUCCAGAUGUUCAACAAUCCUGCUGUUCCUCAAGGCCAGACACUUUUCCUUUAAGCCUCCGGCUGUUUCUCUGGCUGUUUCCAAGGUAGUUCUCACUGUUGCAUGACAUGUGGUGACAAUUUCCUCUUCUGUUUGACUAUUGUAGAGUCUUUGCCUGUCCCAACUACAAGGACUGUACUCUGGCUGUUCAUGUCACUGCAAGACUCUUUUUCAGUCCCUGUGGCUGUUUUCUAGUGUCCUGGCAUGUUCGCUCAGCCCUUGGCUAUUGUCUGGAACCAGACUGUUCGAGCUGCUUCUAGUGACUCCCCAAUGCCUGGAAUAGGCUACCUUACCCUCCCUCUUGCUACCUCAAUUCUGGGUAUGUUCAGGCUUCCUCUUGCCUCUUUUCUGGUCUCCUACUGUUUCUCCAUCCCAAGGACUGUUGCAUACCCUGGAUGCAGCUGGGGGGCAUUAAACAGCAAGUGGGAAUGGCAGGCUGCAGGGGGAGCACCUUCCUUCCAGGUAGACCUCUUUAGCUGUGGCUGCCCUGGGGAAACAGUCGCUGCAGAGACGCUGCCUGCUUCAGAGCCCUGGUGUGGCCUCCUGGCAGGAUAUCUAUAGCCCUAGAGUCACUAGAUUUGCUUCCAUCACCCUGCUAGAAAAUUUAUUAAAGUGAACACCUCCCAGCAUUAGGGGUGUCUGUGUGUGAAUCUCUGUUUGGGAGAGACCGUGAUGGCCGAGAGGAAGCACAUGGAGAUCACAGUGGUGUGCGGUGUGCAGCAUGGGGACCAGUCCUGCUCUCGUCCGAGCCGCAUUCCUUCUCCUAAUACAUGGCAUCACAGUUCCAGCCCAGAAUCCUUCAGAAGUCUGUGCUGAUGUUGGAGGAUGAAUAUAGGGUGUCUGCCCCAUGGGUGUUUUUUAGCUCACAACAUGAAACCCUUAUAAUAACUUAAUGUGCAAUAUUACUAACAGCCAUUUAGUUUCUAGACAGGCAGUGUAGUGUAAUGGCUAAGAACAUGAAUGCUGGAGCCAGAUAUGCAUUCAAAUCCUGCGCCUUAAUGGUUUCUUAGAUAUGGGACAAAAAGCGCACAUAAAGAACACUUAAACUUUGCUAAAAAAACAAGACAAAACAUAAACAACCCAACUAAAAAAUGGGCAAAGGCUGGGCGGAGUGGCUCAUGCCUGUAAUCCCAGCACUUUGGGAGGCCAAGGUGGGUGGAUCACUUGAGGUCAGCAGUUCGAGACCAGACUGGCCAACAUGGUGAAACCCCGUCUCUACUAAAAAUACAAAAAUUAGACAGGCGUGGUGGCGUGGACCUGUAAUCCCAGCUACUCAGGAGGCUGAGGCAGGAGAAUUGAUUGAACCCAGGAGACAGAGGUUGCAGUGAGCUGAGAUCGUGCCACUGCACUCCAGCCUGGCUGACAGAGCGAGACUCCAUCUCAAAUAAAUAAAUAACUAUAAAUAAAAAUGGACAAAGGACUCAAAUAGACAUUUCUCCAUGGAUGAUAUACAAAUGCCCAAUAAGCACAUGAAAAACUGCUCAACGUAAUUAGCCAUCAGAGAAAUGGAAAUCAAAGCCACAAUAACACUACACACCCAUAGGAUGGCUAGAAUCCAAAAGACAGAUAACGACAAGUGUUGGAGAGGAUGUGGACAAAUUGGAACCUUCUACAUUGCUGGUAGGAUGUAAAAGAGUGCAGCUGUUUUGUGAAACAGCUUGACAAUUUCUGAAAAUGUUAAAAAUAAAUGUACCAUGUGAUCCAGCAAUUCCAUUCUUAGGUAUCUAUGUGGGAGAAAUGCCAACAUAUGGCCACACAAAAACCUGAACACAGAUGUUCACAGCAGUGCUAUUCCUACUUGCCAAAAAGUGGAAACAACCCAAAUGUCCAUCAACUGAUGAAAUGAUACACAAAAUGUGGUAUGUUCAUAAAAUGAAAUAUUAAUCAGUAAUAAAAAGAAACGAGGUGCUGAUACAUUCUGCCAAUGUGGAUGAAUUUUGAAAACAUGUUAAAUGAAAGAAGCCAGUUGGGAAAGGCCACAUAUUGUAUAAUUCCAUUUAUAUGAAAUGUCCAGAAUAGGCAAAACUGGGGAAACAAAAAGUAAAUUAGUGGUUGUCUAGUACUCGGAUGGGGGUAGGUGGUAGAAAUAGAGUGACUGCUCACAGGUACUGGGUUUCUCUUGGGGGUGAUGAAAGUAUCCUAAAAUUCUAUUGUGGUGGUUGCACAACUCUGAAUGUACUAAAGCUAAUUUAAUUGUGAUGUUAAAUGGAUGAAUUGUAUUGUAUGUGUGUGAAUUACAUCUCAAUAAAGCUUAAAAAAUAGGAAAUUAUAAAAAUAAA